GCUGGGGGAAGUGGGGCAGACCCGACGCACCCGGAGCCCGGAGCGCAGGAGCCUCAGGUCGGCGCCCGCACGUCGGAGUCCGCAGACCGGAGCCCGCAGACCGGAGCCGGGGCCUGGAGGGUGGAAGUGCGCCCGGAGCCUCUGUUCCUAAAGCGGAGGAUCAUGGCGUUCAUGUUGCUCAGCCGGCGGCUGGCCUGCACCUUCCAACACAACUACCGCCUGCUCGCGCCCAGCUCCAGACACAUCAGUCAGGCCGCAGCCAAAGUCGACGUUGAAUUUGAUUAUGAUGGGCCCCUGAUGAAGACAGAAGUCCCAGGGCCUAGAUCUCGGGAGUUAAUGAAACAGCUGAAUAUGAUUCAGAAUGCAGAUGCUGUGCAUUUUUUCUGCAAUUACGAAGAGAGCCGAGGCAAAUACCUGGUCGAUGUGGAUGGCAAUCGGAUGUUGGACCUUUACUCCCAGAUUUCCUCUGUCCCCAUAGGCUACAGCCACCCCGCUCUCCUGAAGCUGGUCCAACAGCCUCAAAAUGCGAGCACUUUCAUCAACAGACCUGCCCUGGGAAUCCUUCCUCCGGAGAACUUUGUGGAGAAGCUCCGGGAGUCCUUGCUCUCGGUGGCUCCCAAAGGAAUGUCCCAGCUCAUGACCAUGUCCUGCGGCUCCUGCUCCAAUGAAAAUGCCUUUAAGACCAUCUUCAUGUGGUACCGGAGCAAGGAAAGGGGCCAGACGGGUUUCUCCAAAGAGGAACUGGAGACAUGCAUGAUCAACCAGGCCCCCGGCUGCCCCGAGUACAGCAUCCUCUCCUUCAUGGGCGCAUUCCACGGGAGGACCCUGGGAUGCCUGGCCACCACACACUCCAAAGCUAUUCACAAGAUCGACAUCCCGUCCUUCGACUGGCCCGUUGCGCCGUUCCCGCGGCUGAAAUACCCCCUGGAAGAGUUUGUGAACGAGAACCAACAAGAAGAGGCUCGCUGUCUGGAAGAGGUGGAGGACCUGAUCGUGAAAUACCGGAAAAAGAAGAAGACGGUGGCUGGGAUCAUCGUGGAGCCCAUCCAGUCUGAGGGCGGAGACAACCACGCGUCUGACGACUUCUUCCGGAAGCUGAGAGACAUCUCCAGGAAGCACGGCUGUGCCUUCCUGGUGGACGAGGUCCAGACCGGAGGGGGCUGCACUGGCAAGUUCUGGGCCCACGAGCACUGGGGCUUGGCUGACCCAGCGGACGUGAUGACCUUCAGCAAGAAGAUGAUGACUGGAGGCUACUUCCACAAGGAGGAGUUCAGGCCCAAUGCCCCGUACCGGAUCUUCAACACCUGGCUGGGGGACCCGUCCAAGAACCUGCUGCUGGCCGAGGUCAUCAACGUCAUCAAGCGGGAGGACCUGCUGAACAACGCCGCCCACGCCGGGAAGGCCCUGCUGACGGGGCUGCUGGACCUCCAGGCCCGGUACCCCCAGUUCAUCAGCAGGGUGAGAGGACGAGGCACCUUUUGCUCCUUUGACACUCCGGACGAGUCCAUACGGAAUAAGCUCGUUUCACUGGCCAGAAACAAAGGCGUGGUGCUGGGAGGCUGCGGGGACAAAUCCAUCCGGUUCCGCCCCACUCUGGUCUUCAGGGACCACCACGCGCACCUGUUCCUCAAUAUCUUCAGCGACAUCUUAGCCGACUUCAAGUAAAGAAGCCAUCUCCACCGCGCUCUGAGACAGCCCGAUCUCAACAGUUGUCAAAUCGAUUAGUUUGCCUAAUUCAUGUUUUCACUUAAAGGAUCAGAGGCGAAUGCGCAACCUGAAGGGUUCUUUGCGGGAAGGGGAUGUUUGUGGUGGCUUGGGGUGGGGGACAGGGGGAGGGGGUGGGUGGGAGGCGCUGGCUUUGAUUCUCCUCCCUGCGGAGCCGAUGAUGCACAUUGGUGUAAGCCCAGAAAUUCUGCUUGAGCCCUGGACGUAGUCUCGGGCACGGCCAUGAGGUUCUGGCCGUAUAUCUGCCCACCUUGACCCCAGCUGUUUCUUUGGAAGCCAGGCAAGGGAAAUGACAGCUGGCCCCGGGACUUCUUGGCUCCGGUCCCUCUCAAGUGCCAUAUUCUGUGACUGAGGAUGCUGAGCCCCCCACCCCGUGCAGACAUGCUCUCCCGUCCCGCCCGGCCCUGCUGCUCCCGGACCAGGUCCCACGCACAGUUCGGUGAAGGACAGGACAGAUCAACGAGGGCAGGAGAGGGAGGACAUUAGCAGUGAGCUGCGGUGUGGGGAGGGGUCCUGUGGCCUCCUUAUGACCGGGGCCCCCUGCUCAGCGCAGGGACCCUCUGAAUUGUGAGUCCUGUCCUUGACGGGCCGUUGCCUCGGAGAAUCUCUGUGCCGGCAUCACUGGCCCUUCUUACUCACCAACCUUGUGUUCCCCACGCUCUGUCCCCUGUUAAAGUGAACCCAGACGUCUGGCCGGGGCGGGGCGGGCGGGACUGCUGCCUGAGCAUCGAAGGGGACACACGGGAGCCAGAAGGUCAGAAGCACAAGCGCGUCUCCCAGGAGCCGCAGAGCCCCCCUCCUCCUGUCCCCUCCGGGACAUCUGGGGUCCGGCCUGCGGACCCCUCACCCAGGGGCUCUCUCUCUAGCUUCCUCUGUCCCACCCCCGCCCCGCUUCUGAGCGGCCCUGGCGGGGACUCCAUCACAGGCAGUUUCUUCUCGAGGGAAAAGCAUGGCGAACGCCAGGCGCCAGAGCUCCCGCUCAUUCAGGGCGGCUUCCGGAUGAGAGCCUCUCCUAACGCAAAAGAGCGUGCAGACUGCUGGGCGGGUGAUAGUUCAGGGCUUCGUUGGCCUGUGGCCGAGGCCACGGGGCCUCUUCUGGAGGCCAGGCGUUCUUGGGACUGAUUGGACUUCAGGUGCCCCUAAGGAGAGCCUCUGGCUGUCCCGCAGCUGUGCUGCUCUUCCCCCCGCCCCCCUGCCACCCCGGCUGCCUGUCGCAGGACACGCGCCUGUCAAGGUUCCCCGUUCCGCACUUUGCUCUUUCAAUAACUAAUCGGCCAAAGAACUCAAAACGGUUGGUUUUCUUGGUUUCGUGUUGCGUGUCAGGCUGUUUGCUCCACCAGCAAAAUGGAGGCAUCUGCCUCUCUCUCUUGCCGCGUGUGGCUCAUCUGCAUACUCGUCUGUUUAUCUGGUCACUCCUUCAUGGAGCUGCCCCCACGUCCCCACCCCAGGCCCGGUGUGAAGCACUAGCAACACAGGGGGAAAUACAGCGUGGUCCCUGCUCUCGAGGGACUCACAUGUCAUCCGGGACAACAGACUCUUAACCAGCAGUCAAAGCAGAGGGGCAGGCACUGUGCCGGGAAAUCAGAGGGAGUGCCCAUCGGGGGCGGGAGGCUUCAGGGGGAAGGGACAUUCAAGCAGGGUUUUGCAGAACGAGCAAGAGUUCUCCAAGCAGUCAAGGCGAGGAAGAGUGUCACAGAAAAGGGAACAGUGCGCUCAAGGACAGACACAUCAGUCCACAGUCUCGCAACUUUCACUGGGGAUCCACAUCCCCACUAUCCCAAGAUUCAAGACCUUGCUCAACAAGCCAGAUGCAAACCAAACCAUAAUUCAUUUAUUGGCGUAAGGAUGCUUUCUCUGGAGAACUUUCACACUGGGUGCAAAUAGUAAGGUUCCUGAAGCCCCAAAGGCCUCCGAGCCAGGCACGACCCAGAACCUGGGCACUCUCGGUGGAGUCAAUGCCCAGAGACAUUUUGUUCUCUCCCACGGGGCAGUCGUGGAGAAAUGAAGUCGUUUUGUCAGGGAAGUCGUUUCCAGACUUACUCACUCCUUACCAAGGGAAGUUACUUCUCAUGAAACUCUUUAAGCCAUUUAGCAACACGUUCCUGUUGGCUCAGGGCACGUUAGGAGUUCUGAGGCAUCGUCUCUUCGGGGUGGGGGCAUCUAGCUGGAAGAAUUUCAAGGAAGAAGACACUCAGCAGGGCUCAAGAUGGUAGAAGCUAGGGAGAGGUGCGUAAAAAUGGGGAGCCCUGCCGGCAGGUUGCUGUCCGGGGCUGGGCCCGCGGAGUGCGUCUGUGGCCGACGGCCUGGGAAUGAAUCCAUCUGCCAUCAGUGCUGUAGACUUUAGUGACGAUCUCUAGCAAGUGUUUUACAGAAGACAAGGUCCUGUAAUAGCAAGUCUGAGCACAUCCUCACUUUUAUUAUAAAUGUUUUUUUAUAAUUUUUACUGACAGUGACCAUGCAAAAUUGUGCACAUUAAAACAUCUUGUGUACCUAUACCUAUCUCUAUACAUAUAUAUAAAUAAACGUACACAUAUAUCAGCUCAUGGUAGACAACCAUAGCUAGGGAGCAUCGCCCACUUACGCAUCCACAUCUUGUUUACAGUAUUCUGUUGACAGUGCCAAUAAUGAUAGAGAAGUUAAUGUGUCACGAUGUAACUGAUAAUGACCGUACGCACAAUUUCGUGAAAUUAAAUCUGUUUCCUGUGUUAAUCAGCGUUCUUAAAUUUAAAAAAAAAAUUUAUAAUGGAAA